GAUGAAAAGAUAAAUCUUCAUUGCAUUAAAAUAGUCUGACAAAAGAGCGAUGAGUGUAAAAAAUAGAAUCGAAAUUAUUUAAUAUAUUUUUCGCGGAUAUUAAAGGCUUUUCAAAUCAUUACAAGUUAUCUUGGCGUUGGAAUACUUACAGCUCUUCAAUUACAAAAAGGAUUUGUAAUGAAUUCUAAGACAAGGCGGCCGUACACACACAUACAUAGCCACCCAUAUKAAUAUGGAAAUGUGUGCGUAAUAAAUUAGAGCAACGGCGCAACAACAAUUUGUGGGCGGUACGCUGACUUAUCUACUAGAACCUACAGUUUAUCCACCGAAUGAUCUUCUGGAUGUAUUUGAGCAAGUGUGAGAACUGAAGGCAAAUAUGUUGCAGCGUACGAAAUCGGCGAGGAAUCGYAAGAGUAGUGGCAGAUGCAGUGAUGGGGACUCAUCGGCUAAUGAGGCGCCAGUUUUUGCCUCAGUGCAUCGGGCCCGACACAAUGGGGCAGGCAGCAGCACGGCCGCUAGACGUGAUGGCCCACAAAAGGCUACCGUUUGCGGUGGCCAUCAGCAACGUCAAAGCUAUCAUCAGUAUCAGCAGCAACGUAAAUUACAACAUCAGCUGCAACAACAGCAACAGCAGCAGCAGCAGCAAUCAGUCGGCAAUGAAAACUCGAGUGCCGCACAAAAACUAGCCAAAACGACUCGUAAUUGGAACGAGCAACAGCAGCAACAACAGCAAUUGCACCAAUCCAGUACCGUUGACACUGCAAUGAAGCAAUCAAUUGCGGUGUCAGUGCCGCAMUCAUUGGUGGCWGCCACUGCAGCGAACCUUGGCCGCCCGGCAAUGCAACAAAUCAAUGCRAGUGGUGGGCCACAACGCGAUGUAUCGCCGACGAAGGCGAGUCGCAUACCCUUACAACAACAGCAACACAACCAAGUGCAACCAAAUUUUAAUCAAAUAUCCAAAACCGCUACAAAUCUAUUGAAUGAUAUUUACGAGCGGCAUCUCUUGAACCAGACGACGUUCCAGACCGAGCAUAGCCAAGAAAGACCGCAGCAGUCACAACAACAACCACAGCAGCAGCAACAACAAACGAACAAGUUACAGCAACAGCCGCAAUUACAGCCGAGGCAUCACCUGCAGCAGCAACGUUUCUUGGCUGCACGGCAGGUGGGGCAGGAGGUGGAGCUUAAUUUUGCGAGUUCCUCGGCACCACAGCAAAGAAACCAACAACAACAGCAUGCACAGCAAUCAGCGCGCCAUUUUCUGUCUUUUGGCAAUCAGCAGGCACAGCAAUAUUCUUUCGGAACCCAGGAAGGUGGCAACUCYGCGCUGGCAACAUUUGUGCCUAUACAUGGCAGCAACAAACAACAUGUUGCACAAAAGCCGGUACAUUUCUUAAAGUUGCCACCACCACCACCGCUAGUGGCACCAGCUACCAACGCGAUUGGCCAACACGAAUCGGUGCCAUCAAAAGAGUUCGGCGCCUACACAUCUUAUCAGCARCAUUUCCAAUUCUCCGACGCGUAUGUUGAGCCUGUGGAUAGUCGUAAACAUUUCCUCCUGCAAUCUGAUGCGGCCUCAACGGCAAAUCCACCGCCACCGCCCGCGCCACUCAAUCACGUCUACGAGACGAUUAAGGAGCGACCCCCAAUGCCGCCRCCWAAAAAUGCGAGMACUGCCGAAGCUGGGGGUGAGGACGAAGCACCACCACUGCCACCAUCGCGGCAGUUGAGAAAGCGUUURGUGGCCGCCGCCGUUGCAAAGGUCGGUGGCAAUAAACGUACUACUACUACAGCAACAACAGUGAAUACGAAUGGUAGUCAAAGCAAAAUGGAUGCAGGUCAGUUGGGCGGCAAUGGCAAGCUCAACAGCAAGUUAUUGCCCAUGCAACCGCCCGCAUACGUGGCGCCACCAACUGCAGGUCCGSCAAAGCAAUCAAUACCRAAGCAGCAACCGCAGCCACARCAGCAGCAACAACAAUAUAAUCCGCAGCAGCGCACGAAGGCGGACGGCGAGCAACGUCCUUACCUCUAUCARCAGUUACGCGAGCGACAACAGCAGCAACAACAGCAAGCGUCUGCAUUAAAGGCAACUGCUCAGCGUCAGCCGCAACACCACUUACAACAACAACAACAACACCCACACCAACGUCCCAAUCACCCACAAGUGCGCGAGCAUCCUUUGGGCGCCCAUGCGGACCAACACGGCGCACAAAAGCUGCAGUCCCAACCACAACAACAACAACAACAACAAUUUACUAAUACCAACAACAGCCAACAAAAGCCUGCUGAAAAUAUGAUAACCCAAUCUGCCGUCGCAUUAACCACCACAAAAGCAACCGUGCAUGCCACCACCACACCGUCCACACCGCUAACGACAGCCAACUCAAACUCCACCUUCGCGGCAUCCAUUGAUGUUUCCGAUAGCUCAGUGGAGUUGAUGUURCAACAAGCCGGUUUGUUACAUUCGCAUGCUACCUCAUUAACGGCACACAGUGGCGUCGGUGGCGGUGGCGGCGCCAACAAAGCUCCACAAACCGCUUAUAAUAAUAAUGCCAACCAUACUGSCGCCAUUGGCAACAACAACAGCAAUAACAUAUCCAAUUUGCAUCCCACACGUCCGACUGCUUUGCCAAUCGUUUUCGAGGAGGAUACCGGCGAGUUUCAGGACGUGCUCGUACUCGAAGAGGACGGCACGGCCAAACUACCGUAUCGACACGGCAAGAUCGAGGUGCGUUUGGAGACAGCGCAGGCGAUGGCCGCGGCUGCUUAUUAUGCCAGGGCCGCACAAAAACUCGCACAAACUCACAAUUCGACGAAAAGUCGCACCGCCGAACUGCCAAACGCCAGCGCGCGAAAUGGUGGCUUUUGUGGGGCGCUACAGCGGGCACCACCGCCCAUGCCACCGGGUUUGGCGCGUCGACUUGCGAACAAGGAAAACUACGGUAUCGGCAAGGUUAAGGUGAUGUUGCGUGUCUCGGACGCGCACACGGACACGGAACACCCGCACUUCAUGGCGGUCGAUAAGAAGAAACGCCAAGUGACGCUGACAGAUCCGUCGGCAGCGAGCGCCGUCGCGGCCUCGACGUCGCAGGAGCGCGGUCCCAUGGUGGCCGCGCCGAAAAUGUUCGCCUUCGAUAGCCUCUUCACGGCGGAGGAUCAACAGUCCGAUAUCUGUGCUUCCGCUUUGUCUGAGGUGAUACCCGCCGUAUUGGAAGGUUCAGACGGCUGUCUACUCACGAUUGGUUAUCCGAAUUCCGGUCAACCGAAAACCAUGUUGGGUGGCGUGAACCCGCCCACCGAAUUAGGUGCUAUUCCUUGCGCCAUUUCGUGGCUGUACAAGGGCAUUAAUGAGCGGCGUCAGAAGAGUGGCGCGCGCUUUUCGGUGCGCGUCAGUGCGCUGGGUGUCAGCGCCACGAAACCGGACUCGAGCUCGAAGGAUUUGUUGGCGGCGCAUGCGACUGAAUCCGACGACUCUCCGGGCGUCUAUUUACGUGAUGACUUCCUUGGCGGACCCACCGAACUGCGUGCGCCCACCGCCGAACGUGCCGCAUUGUUCCUAGAUGCCGCACUCGCCGGACGACCACAAGGCGGUCUGGAGCCGGCCAUGAUAUUCACACUGCACGUCUACCAGUACAGCUUGUCGCGCAAAGGCGGCGUGGCCGGUGGACGCAGUCGUUUGCAUCUCAUCGAUUUGGGUGGUUGUGCCAACCGCAAUGGGGGACUGCCGCUCUCCGGCAUCGGCAACAUACUGCUGGCGAUAUUGAGCGGACAACGACAUCCGCCGAAUAAGGACCAUCCAUUGACGCCGCUGUUGAAAGAUUGUCUGGCGCCGUUGACGUGUCAUGUCGCCAUAAUGGCGCACGUGAUGCACACACAGUCACAUACGGAUGCAUUGACAACGAUACAAUUGGCCUCACGCAUACAUCGCAUGCGUCGACGUAAGCACCGUUUUCCAAUGCCAAGUGACAAGACGGGUGUGGGAGGCUUGGCGGCCGGCGUUAAUGGAGGUCAUCAAUCGACCGGCUCGUCGGCUGGCUCUGGCGCAGACCCUUCCAGCUCCGAAUUAUCCGCCGAUACAGUAAUCUACAUGGGACCCAGCGACGAUGCGACGGAUGGUGAACAUCCGCCGGUUUAUUUGCCCUCGCUCAGCAGUGGCGACAAUCGUUGUGUGAUGAGCAAAGCGCUAAAAGGUAGCGGCUUGGAGAAACAACAGCAGUCGCCGGCGAAAAGUGCAGCGGGUACAUUGAAGAAGACAGCGGCACAAAAAGUCCCACAAAGUCCCACCAUCAAUGCGUCCAGUCGUAAUGGCAGUCUGAAGCGCGGCCACGUCAACAGUCCCACACCAGCGCAGCAGCAACCACAACAGGCGCCUCAAGUGAGCACUGUGAACGCUGACCAACAGCAACAGCAGCAGUUCUUUUCACCCGUGCACAGCACGAAAUCGCUUACGCAUUCAGCCUCCUCGCCAAAAAUAGUUGCGGGCAGUUUACGACAUCCCGGCAUGGCUGGUAUGAUGUGCUCGAAGGGUUCGAACGUGCCAUCGCCCAAAGGUUCGCCGCUACGUCGACCCGGUGUGGGUGGUGGCGCCAGUGUUACUGCCGCCGCCGCUGAUGCGCUAGACUGUCCCGGCAGUCCGAUGCGCAAAAUAAGCGAGGAACAAUGGAUUGAUGGGCCGCGUGUAUCGCGCGCAAAAGUGGCUGAAGCGCGUCACUUGAUGCGUGAAGUGAAUCAUGUGAAACAAUGUGAGACCUGGAUCGAUGGUCCUAAGUCACAGUCUGCACGUUCACUAACCGCCGGCAAUCUGCCAACGGCGCCGUCACAAGUGCAAGGCUACGGCUUUAUGGAUUCGCACAAGAAGUCUAUGAUACGACAAUGGGUGGAGAAUCAGACAUCGCAGGUCUUCCAAAGCACAUCGGCGGCCUCAUCGCCUACACAUGGUGCUGGCAAUGCGGCUCAUCGCGACCAGCAGGCACAGCAUCUGCGCAACAUUACAUACCACAUGUCACAGCUGAAGCAGAAAUCGCUCGAUGCACCGGAGGAUUUGUACGCGACGAGCACAAGACAAUUGCAACACCAACAGCACAGCAUACAGCAACCGCAAUUGCAGCAACAACAUUCACUACCGCUGGAACAACAGUUUCUGUUGUGCGCCAGUGAGGCAGAGUUGGCACAAGCCAUUGCCAUGGGUCUUUCCACAGCUGUGAGCACAACGAAUGCCUCAGCGCCUGCGGAGAUACGCGGUUCGAAGGCUCUGUACCAUCAACGACAGUCCAGCGCCACCGGCUCGCUCGGACUUACGCAGACAACAGUAAAAGAUGAGACUGAUAUACAUUCGACGCACUCGCACACCGGUUAUGGCACCAUUUCACAGCAAAUAUACGCUCAAGGCAGCGCUGCGGCAUCGGAGCAUGGCGUUGUUGUGGGUGGUCAACAAAGCGAUCGGCAAGCGGAUUGUGAUGAGGACCAAGACAGUGGUCCGUCGGAGGUGCCACCCGCCCUACCGCUCAUCGAGCCAUUAGGUUCGCGUGAAAUUUCACAUGAAAGUCUACAUCGCAUACUGUCGCGACAUGUGUCACGCGAAUCGCUCUACCAACAGCAACAACAACGCGAGCAGCAACAGGAAUUACGUCGCCACGAGGAGUUGCAACAAAAUGCGCCCUCAAGGCAAUCUUCGCAUCAUUUCUCGCAACACAGCAUGGGCAUGUCCGAUUGUGGACUGCAAGUGACAGAGGAGGAGAUAGCGCGCACAAUGGGCGGCGAGCAUCCACUAGCCGCACUCAGUCACGUUGACAAUAUGUCCAUUGUGUCGAGCUUCAACAUGGCCGGCGAUGCGUUCAGUGAUUGCGCGAUGGGUGAAAGAACGAGGAACCAAUUCGAUCAAUUAGCGCGUUUACGUGAGAUCUUCACCUCACAGCUGGCCAUGGCCGAAGUAACGCCAGUCUUCCGCAGCUGCGAUGUGGGCAGCGUGUACAGUGAGCCUGCGUAUCGCUUCAACACGGGACCGGGUAGUGUGUGUAGUGAACCACCAUAUAGACCACCGAGUCCCAGACAACCUUCGCGCAGUCCCAGCCAAGGCAGUUUGCCCAGCCUGAAUGGCAUAAUGCAAAUCGCCGGCAUGGAACAAUAUGCUUCGCUGCGUCAUCCCGACGGUGCUUCCGAUCCAAAUUUGCCAAAAGUUGAGAAACCUUUCGUACUGGAACAUGAAGACAUCUGCGAAGUUGACGAAAAAUCCGCAUUGCUAUCACCCUCCAAGCGACCUUCACUGGAAAAAGAGCAUCUACCCGGUGUUGGUGGCGCCACAGUGCCCACGUCUUCACAAACUCAACUACCAUUGCUGCCAUUGAAUACCUCUUGCGAGGCUUACGACAGUGGACAUGACUCGUCCACACCACGCACCUCCAAGCAUUCAGGCAUUUCGCGACGCGCCGAAAGCGGCUACCAUAGCGUGGCGACGGCGCGGGAUAGUGAUGAGAGCAGCUUUACGUCGGGACUCUCCAAAGAACAUCACAAUCGCAUAACAAUGGUGAAGAAGAAGCGUCAGGAUAAGGGCCUCUGCAAUUGGCUGAUGAAUCCCUUCACCUGCACUUAUCCAGAGACUGAAGGCGAGAUAAGCGACUUUUGAAGAGCGCAGUAAACGGCAGCGAAAGCAAGCGCGUGCCAGGGAGAGGAACUCGAAUUUAUAACGAAGGUAAAUAGAAAACAGUUAUUGCGGUAGCGAGUAGAUGUGAUUAAGAGAAGAAUUAGUAAAUAGUAAGUGCGGCAAACCCACCAAGAAAUUUUUGCGCGCCGUUAGAAACAAUAACACGAAAGCAUGCCAAAUUUUUACUUUAAUAUAAUAAUAUAUUAGUGUUUAUUUCUUUUUCAAAAUAACUAAAGCCAAUGUUUUUAUGUGGCAGUUGAAACGGCGACUGAUUGUUUUUUAAUGGAAAUUUUUAUUGAACAUAUGGAAAAAGAAGAUUUUUAGCUUCAAAAUAUUUAGUAAAGGAAGAAAAAAAACUAAAAACUUUGCAGAACUCAUACGUGAAGUGAAAGCUUAAGUUUCAUACAUAUAAGAUAAAUGUAAUACAAUUAUAAUAUGACGUGUUUUACAGUGAAAGCUUUUAAACUAUAUACGAAAGCUUGAAUAACAGAGAAUAAUGAAUGUUUUUACGAUAUGCGUUGAAAGCUUUUUAUGGUUUAUGUCAUAACUUUUUCAAUCUGAAAUUGUAACUUAUAAUUUUUUUCAAAAAAUGAAAGGUUUUACGAAAAAGUUAAAAGUCUUGCGAAAACAUGAAAGCUUACAAGCCUGUAAUGAAAGCUUUUCGGAAUAAGUUUGAGUUGAAAGCUUACUUUAAUUGGACAUUAAAUGCAAUAUCAUAUUAUAACAGUUGCUUAUUCAUAAAUUUCGAAAUUAUCCGCGUCAUCCAAAAAGCUUUCGUAUAUAAAAUAAAUUUUACUAUAAAAGGUUGCUUCUAAUAUUUUUAUUUAAUAUAAAAACUUUUUAGAGACACCUUAAAUCUAAAUGCACUUUAACUAAAUGGCUUUUAUACGUAAGUUGCCAGAGUCAUAUUUUCUGUGAAAGCUUUUAUGUUUGAAAAAUUACAUCGAACUUUGAAAGUUUCCACUCUCUGCAUUUAAAGCUACUUUAUUUUAUUGCAUAUCACAUUUAAAUUUAUCUUUAAAAGCUUUCAAAGCUACCCAGAGUUGAAAGCUUUUUGUGUUUUAUGAUUUCAUCGAACAUCGUAAGUUUCUACUCGCUCCAUUUAAAACUAUUUUAAUUUGCUGUAUAUAAAAUUUUAAUUUUUUUUAUAAAGCUUUCACAGCCACACAGCGUUGAAAGCUUUCAUUUUUCUCUUAUUUUUAACUAAUUUUGAAUGAAAGCAUAUACGUAAGUUACUGUAAACUCAAAUAGUUUCGCUUAAAAUAUUAUUUUAAUUUCAAAUCUUAAGCAUUUCGGCCUAAAAGCUUAUUUGAAGUGAAAGCUUUCAGCAUUACAAAAUAUUCCUUACAUCACGAAAGCUUUUCAAAAACACUGUCAACUUUAAAUUCCGUUAAAAUGUUAAAAAUGUUGUACAGCUAACACAUACAUUACUCGUCUGCUUCUAAAGCUCUUGCCUAACUGUCGCGCUACUGUAAAAAUAUAGAUUUAGUGAAAUAUAUAAUUCUCAACCGUUGCAUUUACGUUUGCUGCCUAACCUCAACACUUUGUGCAUUCAUUUAAGAAAAAUAGCGAUUUUUAUAAAAAGAGCUUUUUGCGAGCUUUUAUUAUUUUAUUAGUUUUUAUUGCGCGUAAGCGAUUGUUAAAUGUAACAAUUGCAUUAGCAAAAAUAUUAUUUUAACUAGUGUCUAGUUAACUUUGCUAAGUCCUCAACAACAACAACAACAAACCAGUAAAUAAAAUAAAAUAUUAAGUAAAUAAGUUUCUUAAUUAAAAUUGUUAAUACAUUUAGCUAAAUUUAAGUGUAAACGAGUGCUUUUGUUAGGAAAAAAGCAUAAAUCGAAAAAAGCUACAAACUAUAAAUAUUAAGUACUAAAUAGAAAUUUUGUUGCCAGUUUUGCCUAUUUAAACUAUGUUAAAAUUUUGAAAUGUUUAUCCGAAACUAACUCAACUGAUAUGAAUAUACAAUGUAACUAAUGAAAUGAGAAAGUAUAUAA